CCAGAGUCGUAAAGAGGUUACUUCGGUUACUUCGUAAGAAAUCGAAACGAAAAUGGUUGUAGGAGCGUUUCCCGCCGCGAAAUUGGGUGCUCUUUUACUGAAACAAAUCAGUAAACCGAUUGCGAACGCUGCGAAAGCCCAAGCGAAAAAUUCGCCGUUUUUUCGCAAAUAUAUUUGUAUGCCUCCAGCUCAAUUUUAUAAUUGGUGCGAGGUCAAGGCGAAAAUGUGGAUUUUAAAUUUAGGAAAACCUGUAAAUAUACCAGUAUUAAAUGAAGCUAUGGCUAUUGAAUUAGGGGCAAAUCUUUUGGGCGAAGGAAUUAUUUUUAUAAUAGCUGCCGGAUUACUUAUUAAUGAAUACGCCAGAUCUAGUCGAAAAGAAUAUGCAAAGGAAGUUAAAAAGAAGCAAGAAAUGGAACUCGUUCAACAAACUUUACAAGAAUUAUUUUUUACUAUCGAAACUCAGGGAACUCAAAUAAGAGAAUUAACAAGAACUAUUCACGAUUUAGAAAGUAGAACUGUUCACAAACCUUGGGCAGCUAAAAAAGAUAAACCAAAAGAUGAUGUCCCACCACCCCCACCAUCAGGAAAUUUAGCACCAAUAAUAACCUUACAAGAAGUCGAAAUUUUUGAUUGCGAACCCAACGAAAAAGUAUCUCAUAUGGAAACCCCUGCUUUUAGUUUAAAAUCCCUUCAAAAAUCGGUGUCUGAAGCUUCCGGUACAUUAGCCCCAAUUAUAACAAUCGAAGAAGUUGAUGUUGGGGAACGAAAACAUGACGCACCUGAAAACAUCAUUCCGGAAGUUAUGAGGAAUAAAAAAUCGGAAAUUUCAACUAAUUUAUUGUUAAAAGCAGUUGAUGAAAUCAACGAAGAAUUUUUUAGUAAUGAAAAAUCAGUACGGGAGGAUGGCAUUGUUACAAAAGCGAUUAACUUUUUUUAUAGUGAUGUUUAUAGGGUGAAGUUUAACGCGUAAUAGUGAUGAUUAAGGAUCGUUUAGAUCUCUUUAAUUGAGA